AUGGCGCAGAAAGCGGCCAAGUCCCUUGCCGUGCGGAAUACCGGUCGUCUGAAGCAAACGCACCUCAUCACCCUGGCCAUCCAUGCCGUGUUCCUCUUAUUUCGCUUCACCUUGCGGCGGUCUUUGUCCUUGAAGCGCUACGUUUUUCUCUCUGCACCGGCACUGGCUAUAGAAUUCUAUAUGGAGCGGCUUGCUAGGCCGACCUACAAAGCAGACGGUUCCCUCCAGCGCGCAGGAGAAGAUCUGGAUGCGCAGGGAUUGACCGAAUUUAUGUGGGAUAUCCUCUACUGGACCUGGAUCAAUCUGAUCCUCGUCGUGGUAUGUGGCAACCGGGCUUGGUGGCUAUACCUUGUCGUACCUAGCUAUGCAAUCUACGCCGCUGUCACGACAGCAAGUGGACUGAAGGCCAUGCUUGGUGGCAUGUCAGGCGCAGGUGGAGAGGCCGGGCCACAGAGUAAAAGACAGGUGAAAAUGGAAAAGAGAGGAGGUCAGCGUGUCGCGUAUCGGUGA